AUGCCACCCGUAGCAGCUCCAAGCGGGGGAGGAAUGCGUGGUCCCUCGACCGUCGAUAAGUUGAAAAUGGGUGCCAUGAUGGGUGGUUCUGUUGGAUUGAUAAUGGGAUUCAUUAUCGGAACUGUUUCAAUAUUCCAGUAUGGCGCCGGACCUAACGGUAUCAUGCGAACUUUGGGUAAAUAUAUGGCCGGUUCAGCGGCUACGUUUGGCGGAAAGUCGAAGCUUGUAUUCAAGUUCCAGGUGCUUCGCAAACUUGACAAACGCCAGCAGGAAGUGGCAGCGUUAGAAUUUCUUUGGCAUUUCCGCCAACCCCCGCCUCUUGGAAUAUAUGAUUUUUCGAAAUUCAGUGAAAACGGGGUCCUGGAUUUCCGCGACGUUGUCAAGUUUUUCAUUGCAAGCUUCUCCAGGAGUAGAACCUUAUCACUUAACAACGGCCUCCAGUUUAUAAACGCCUCUCGUACAUACAUUAUCAAACACCGAAUACUCGUGCCUCGCCAGAGCAUUUUAUCAUCUGGAAAAUGUAUGCUUCCAGAUAUUUCAAUAUACGAUUCCAUCAUCGAGCGCUCGGUUUCCGUUUUCCAACAUUUUGGAGACCCUCGGCUCGAAAGAUUUCAAUGCGUACGAAUUUACCUCAAGAAGAAAGUUGCAGAGUCUUUAGGCCAGGCUGAGGAUGACUAUAUGCAGGAGUAUCAGAUGGAUCAACUCCUUUUGAUCGAAAAACCCUUUGACUAUGGGAUGCCAAGGAUUAUUGCUUUCCUGCCGAUUUCCCUUGGGGCAAAGGGGCAGUUAGAUUGA